GGCCCGCGCCGCCGCCUAAGUACAUGCGGACAGCUGCACGGGGGCUGCCGCGCCGCCGCCACUGCCACCGCCGCCGAAUAUCGCGCUUAUAGCAUCGAAAGUGGAGAUGCAGGCGCACACAGCGCUGAUGGCGCUGGCGGCACUGGGCACGUUGGCGGCGGUGGCGGCGGAACGUGGUGGCGGUAUCAAGAUCGGCGGUGGCGCACUAGGUGCUGGAGGGCGCGAGGGCGCACGCGGCACCGGCGUACGCGUCGGCGGCGAAGGCAACAUCCGCCGUCCCCGCACCUCUCCCGCGCCGCCACCUCCUCGCGCGCCCUCCACCAUCACUGCCGCCCUCGUGGUGCCCCAUAAGUCCUUCGGUGCACGAGACUACACCAAGGCCGAGAAAGCAGCACUAUCCAAACUACCGCGCAAAUAUAGACUUCACUUGCGCUUCAACGUCACGCUUUCCAUGCAAGGCCUUACGCCUAGUCCUAUGUCUAUCCUGGACUCGCUAUGUAAAGAAUUUCUAGCGGUCAACGUGUCUGCUAUCCUUUAUCUUAUGAAUCAUGAACAAUACGGGCGCUCUACUGCCUCUGCACAAUAUUUUCUACAACUGGCCGGAUAUCUUGGCAUACCGGUAAUAGCGUGGAACGCCGACAACAGUGGUCUGGAGAAACGAGCGUCACAUGCCGCACUGCGGUUACAGUUAGCACCAUCCAUCGAGCACCAGACUGCUGCCAUGCUUUCUAUAUUAGAGCGGUACAAGUGGCACCAAUUUAGUGUCGUCACCUCAGCUAUUGCUGGUCAUGACGACUUUAUUCAAGCAGUACGCGAAAGAGUAACCGCGUUACAGGACCGAUUUAAAUUUACAAUCCUGAACGCGGUGGUGGUGAAGAAGGCGGCGGAUCUUAACGAACUGGUGACGAGCGAGGCUCGCGUAAUGAUGUUAUACGCGACGCGCGAGGAGGCGGCCGAUAUCCUGUCCACGGCCGGCGACUUGCACCUUACUGGCGAAAAUUUCGUCUGGAUCGUCACGCAGAGCGUACUCGGCUCCAUGCAGCAAUCAAACAAGUUCCCCGUCGGCAUGCUUGGCGUCCACUUCGAUACUUCAAGUGCGUCACUUAUCAACGAAAUAGCAACAGCAGUGAAGGUGUUUGCGUAUGGCGUGGAGUCGUACGUUUCAAGUCCUGAGAACGCACAGCAUCCUUUAGGCACGCGGUUGUCGUGCAGCGGCACCGGGCCUGGCGAAGCGCGGUGGGCCACCGGUGAACGGUUCUACCGCCACCUGCGGAACGUCAGCGUGGAGGGCGAGCCGGGUCGACAGAGCAUCGAAUUCACACCCGACGGUGAACUGCGCGCCGCUGAAUUGAAGAUUAUGAAUUUAAGACCUGCCCUUGGAGAUCAGCUGUUAUGGGAAGAAAUUGGAACGUGGAACUCUUUCCCUAAAGAGCGUCUCGAUAUCAAGGACAUUGUGUGGCCCGGUGGACUACACACGCCACCGCAGGGUGUGCCUGAGAAAUUCCACAUGCGCAUUACUUUUCUGGAAGAACCACCUUAUAUUAACUUAGCUCCACCAGAUCCUGUUAGUGGUCGAUGCUCGUUAGAUCGAGGUGUAAUCUGCCGCGUUGCGCCGGAAGUAGAGGUGGCUGGGUUGGAAGCCGGUACUGCGCACAGAAACAGUUCCUUGUACCAAUGCUGCAGCGGUUUUUGUAUAGACCUACUCUCGCAACUAGCUGAACAACUAGGUUUCACAUAUGAACUCUCACGGGUUGAGGACGGUCGCUGGGGAACGCUGCAGAACGGAAAAUGGAAUGGUCUGAUCGCAGAUCUCAUAAACAAGAAAACUGAUAUGGUAUUAACAUCCCUAAUAAUAAAUUCGGAUCGAGAAGCAGUGGUGGACUUCAGCAUACCGUUUAUGGAAACGGGCAUAGCAAUUGUCGUAGCCAAACGAACUGGCAUUAUUUCUCCGACGGCUUUCUUAGAACCUUUCGAUACGGCAUCUUGGAUGUUAGUGGGAGCCGUAGCUAUACAAGCGGCUACUUUCUCUAUAUUUUUCUUCGAGUGGUUAUCGCCCAGUGGAUUCGACUGCUCAACUGGGUCCAAUUCAAAACGCCUUCCACAGAACCGCUUUUCACUUUGUCGGACGUACUGGAUAGUGUGGGCUGUUUUGUUUCAGGCUUCAGUCCACGUUGAUUCACCGCGAGGAUUUACAGCCAGAUUCAUGACGAACAUGUGGGCUAUGUUUGCUGUGGUAUUUCUUGCCAUUUAUACUGCCAAUUUAGCGGCGUUUAUGAUCACAAGAGAAGAAUUUCACGAAUUAAGUGGCUUAGACGAUCCACGAAUUGCGCGGCCUUUGACGUUGAGGCCGCCACUCAAAUUUGGUACCGUGCCGUGGUCACAUACUGAUGCAACACUAGCUAAAUAUUUUACAGAAACCCACGCCUACAUGAGACGGCACAAUCGAAGUACCGUAAGCGCUGCUGUGACGAGUGUCUUAACAGGGGAACUCGAUGCAUUUAUUUAUGAUGGCACUGUACUCGAUUAUUUAGUAUCACAAGAUGAAGAUUGCAGACUCCUAACCGUAGGCUCCUGGUAUGCCAUGACAGGUUACGGGUUAGCAUUCACGCGAAACUCAAAAUACCUCAGUAUGUUUAAUAAACGACUACUAGAUCUAAGAUCUAACGGCGACCUGGAAAGAUUACGAAGAUAUUGGAUGACCGGCACGUGCAAGCCGAAUAAACAGGAGCACAAGUCUUCGGACCCGCUGGCUCUGGAGCAGUUUUUGUCUGCGUUCCUGCUGCUAAUGGCAGGCAUUUUGCUGGCGGCGCUGUUGCUGCUGCUCGAGCAUGUCUAUUUUCGGUACAUGCGCGAACACCUGGCAACUUCGACUGCGGGUUCAUGCUGUGCGCUCGUUUCGCUCUCAAUGGGGCAAUCUCUAUCAUUUGACGGCGCCAUCGUAGAAGCGGCGGCGCGUGAUUUCGGUUCGGCACAUCGGGGGCGCUGUCGAUCUGCCGUUUGUGCCGCGCAGAUAUGGCGCGCUCAGCACGAGCGCGACACGGCUGUGUCCCGUGCGCGGCAUCUGGCCGCGACGUUGGCGGCGCACGGGCUAGCGCCGCCGCCGCGCCGGCUUGCGUCGGCCGGUACUCUACUUGCUGGCGGAGAACUGCACGACGCCACACACCCAAGGACGCUGCAGGCACCUGCCGAUUUAUUGCCCGACCUCGAUAGGCCGCUUUCUUGCGGUGAUUUACGAGCAAGAGAGCGGACACGAGUAGAAAUGGAAACAGUGCUGUGAGGCGUGUAUUACGCCACCCUAUUUCAAUUCCUGAAGGCUGUUCUUACACCAAGUUAUAUACAAGACGAAGUUAGUUAUAUACCUAAGUUAAAUACGAACAUAAAAAAGUGUUGUAAUUAUUAAAUAAAAUUCCAAUUAAUAAAACAGAGAGCUGGAAGUAGAUAGCGAAGU